AUGAGGACGCUAGCCGCCCUAGCCCUUUUGGGGUGUUUUUUAGUAAUUUGUUCUGGUCGUGAGAUUGAAAGAAAAGAAACUGAUCUCGUUGCUGCCGCAAGUCAUCAUAAAGGCCAUCACCACGAGGAGGGAGGCGGUAAGGAGCAUCACGCCCAUCAUCAUCAUGAACACGGUGAGAAGGGUCAUAAGGGACACAAAGGACAUCAUCAUCAUCACAAAGGAGACCAUGGUGAUCACCAUAAACAUCAUCAUGAAGGACAUCAUCACGAGCAUGGAGGUGGCCAUAAGAAACAUUGGGAUGAGCAUGACCAUCAUGGCAAACAUCAUGAACAUGGGCAUCAUCACAAAGGAGGUAAACAUCAUCACAAAAAACAUCACGACAAAGGAGAAGAAACUGAAGGCUACCAUAAAAAAUACCAUAAAGACGAGUACCAUAAAGAUCAUCACUUCUACGAUGACCACCACAAAGAAGGCAAACAUCACAAACACGGACAUCACCAUGGACACCACGACAAACAUGGCGGACACCAUAAGAAGGGCGGUCAUCAUCACUCCGGUCACGAUGAGCAUCAUCAUGGCCAUAAAGGACAUCACGAUAAGCAUCAUUACGAUGAGGAUCAUAAGGGACAUAAAGGUCAUCACGGACAUGAAGAACAUCACCACGAUCACCACGAGCACGGAAAGAAGGGUGGCCAUGAAGAUCACAAGCACUGGGGAUUCCAUCAUGGCAAGCACUGA